CUUAGCUCCGGGCCCUUGAUGCCACGGUUGAAUCUUUGGUCAAUGCAAUGUAAAUCUAAAGACAGGUGUACUUUGUCGCUUCCACCCGCAGUCGCUCUACAAACACGGUCUUGCUGACUUCCCUCUUCGCGCGCUCUUCACUGCGCUGUCCGCUCCUUUGUAUACGCCAGAACAAGCUAUAGUCCCGCCCGCGCGCCCCUUGCACGAAAUCAUCACCAAUACGUCAAUCGAGGGACCACCGUGAUAGAGCACCCGCAAUGGCAGAAGCAGUCCGACGCAAGGUCAACGAGACCAAGGGAGGUGCCAAUGGAAAUGCGCAUCACCAAUUAGACGGCGCAGUCCAUGCGAUCGAGCAGAAGCUGGAGGAGCAAGCGGAGCUCCAUGCGCGAAACCCCCAGGAGCAGAAGGAAGCAGGCCUGUUCCAGUUGGUCAUUUGCGUCGCCGGUAUAUACGGGAGUUUCAUGACUUGGGCAUGGAUCCAAGAGCGGUUAACGACCACCACCCACGGUCCCAAGAACGAGCGCUUCACAUACUCCAUCUUCCUCAAUACGGUCCAAUCCGCCUUUGCUGCCAUGACCGGCCUCCUAUAUCUCAACCUCUCCGCGAAGAAAGACCCCAAAACCGGCCUUCGCAAAGUGCUCCCUAUAUUCCCUUCCAAAGACAUCCUGGUGCCGCUCCUUGGAAUCGCCGUCACCUCGUCGCUCGCCUCUCCCUUCGGAUACGCGAGUCUGAAGCACAUCGACUAUGUCACCUUCAUCUUGGCUAAAAGCUGCAAGCUGCUACCUGUCAUGUUCCUCCACAUCUCGCUCUUCCAGAAGCGGUACCCAAUGUACAAGUACGCCGUCGUUGGUUUUGUAACACUGGGUGUAGCCGUCUUUACCUUGCACAGCCCGUCAACUGCGAAGAAGGCCGCGAAGAAAGGUGUCAAUGCGGACGCGUCGCAAACCAUCGGUCUUGUUCUACUCAGUGUCAAUCUACUCUUCGACGGUCUGACCAACACAGUUCAAGAUCACAUCUUCAGCAGUUUCAAAGGCUUCACUGGGCCCCAAAUGAUGUGUGCGCAGAAUAUCAUGUCUACAGCAUUGACAGUUUCAUACCUCCUUAUCACCCCGCUCCUCGCUUCCACUCCCCUCGCUCCCUGGAUCGGACUCGACCCCCGUUCUACCUCCGGUGAACUCUCUGACGCGCUGUCUUUCAUAACCACCUACCCCGCUGUAGGCUGGGACGUCCUCAUGUUCUCAGCCUGUGGCGCUAUAGGCCAGGUUUUCAUCUUCCAUACCUUGGCUCACUUCAGCUCGUUGCUGCUUGUUACUGUCACGGUUACGAGAAAGAUGUUGACAAUGGUUUGGAGCGUGUGGUGGUUUGGUCACGAGAUUACAGGCAUGCAAUGGCUUGGUGUUGGGCUGGUCUUUGGUGGAAUUGGGGCUGAGGCUGCGGUGGGGAGAAUGGAGAAAGCGAAGAAGGCUGCGGCCAAGAAGAAGGGAGAAGAGGAAGAGAAAAGGAAGAGGUAGACGAUAUAGGCGUUUUUGUUGGAUCCUGGAACAUAGAGCAGUUUUGGCAUGUUCAUUUCGCUAGAGUGACUGACGAUAGACUUUUCAUUUGAAGAGGAUUUAGAAAAGAUUGUUUUGUCAAACACAUAUUUUAAAGUGCUGGGAGC